AUGUCUUCGGAAUCUAAAGGAUCUUCAACGUUAUUCGUUUCCAAUUUACCAUUCACGCUGACAAAUGAAUCCCUCCUCACCGCCUUCUCUGAUGUUGGUCCACUCAAGUCUGCGUUCGUCGUACUCGAUCAUGAUACAAAGGAGAGCAAAGGCGUUGGGUACGUCACCUACGCUAUGCGCGAGGACGCUGUUGCUGCGUCGAGUGAGAUGAACAACAAGCUCAUCCAACAAGGAUCAGAUAAGAGGAAAUGUAGAGUGGAAUGGGCGAGGCAGAGAGCGACGUUAAAAGAGCGUAAAGAAAUAGCUAAAGAGAAUGAAAUGGAUGCUAAGCUGUACAAUAAACCACAAGCUACACAACCACGUAAAGUUGUAACUUCUAAAGACCCUGAUGCAGUUAGAACUGUCGUACUCAGUGGUCUCCCUAAAGGAAUCUCUCAGAAGGAAAUCUACAAAAAGGUUAGAAAAAUUGGUAACAUUGACUCACUUGACCUGAAAGACGAUGAUAUCGCUCAUGUUAAGUUUGAUAAACCUUCAAGUGCAAACACAGCAUUGUCUAAACUUCACGCGCACAUAUUCAAAGGCAAGACAAUCUCAGCUGUCCUCUUGAAGCGCCUUGAGACUGCUAUUAGCGGUAAAGGUAAAGUCAGCCGCAGAUCACGUCUGAUCAUCCGUAAUCUCAACUUCAACAUUACUCAGGAAGACUUGAAAGCUACUUUCAUACCUUAUGGUGAUAUACAUAUGAUCACCCUACCUACUAUCAAAGCUAAGGAUGGUUCUGAUCACAAUAAAGGUUAUGGUUUUGUUUGGUUUACUUUUCAUCACGACGCCCAGAAGGCUAUUGAAAAAAUGAAUGGAAAAUCUGUGAAAUUGGCCACUUCAGAGGCUGAUGUUGCUGCUGCGGGUGGUACAAAGAAGCAGAGAAAGAGAAUCGCAAAGGAUGUCGAGAGCAGACCUGUUGCUGUUGACUGGGCGCUGUCAAAAGAAAAGUGGGAACAUGAACAGAACGAUCAAGAUAACAACGAGGAUGUCAAGAUGGAUCAAGAUGCAAACAAGUCAGCAGGGUCAGACGAAGAAUCCAAUAACGACAACGCCGAUGAUAAUGAUAGCAAAGACAAUAGUGAGAGCGAGAGUGAGGGUGAAAGUGAAGAUGAGCAAAGCAGUCAAGAUGACCAAGACAGUCAAGACAACGAUAACGUAGACGACGACGAAAUAAUGGAAGAGAUUGAAAAUGAGUCUGCGACUGACGACAGUGAGGAAGAAGAUGGCGACAAAGCUCCACCUCUACAGGACGGACUCACACUCUUUGUCCGUAAUAUUCCUUUCGAAGCCACACAACAAGACUUGUACGAGGUUUUCAGACGGUUUGGAAAGUUGAGAUACGCUAGAAUAACAAUGGACUAUGAGACUGAGCGUUCAAGAGGUAAUGGUUUUGUUGCGUUCUGGGACAUGAAAGCUGCAAACGAAUGUUUAAAGACAGCAGACGUAGUCAGAGCGACAACAGGUACCAACAGAACGGACAGCAUGAAGCAAAACCCAUUCCAGACAUCGUCCAUCCUCACAGCUGAUCCUACGUCUAAGAGCGCGCACAGCUUGACACUCCAGGGCCGUGUUCUCGACGUGGUCAAAGCUGUAUCUAGGGACGAAGCUGUAGAGAAGAAAGAGGAAGGUGAGAAAGUCAAACACAAAAAGGACAAACGUAAUGUGUAUUUGAUAAGAGAAGGUGUUAUCUUCCCUAAUAGUCCAGCUGGUCAGGCGCUGCCUGAGGCUGAUCAGGAAAGACGCAUGAAAUCAUUUAACACUAGACGCAAAUUACUCGAAAGCAAUCCAUCGCUCUACAUCUCAAAGACUAGAUUGUCAAUUAGACAGAUACCGCUGUAUGUGACUGACAAGGUCUUAAAGCGCUUGGCACUGCAUGCCGUCAAAGAGUUUGAAGCGGAAGUAGCGCGUGGUGAAAGAGAUGCAUUAUCCAGGGAAGAGCUAGAAGAUACCACUGAAUCUGACGGUUCCAAGGAUCCAAAGAAGGCAUUUAAGGGUAGACCGACUGCUGUUAUCCAGUCCAAGAUUGUCAGACAGACCGACAGAGUGGAUACAUCGACAGGACUCGGAAAGUCUAGAGGGUAUGGUUUCCUCGAAAUGAACAACCACAAGAAUGCACUCAGGGUGUUGAGAUAUGCCAACAACAACAGUGAAGUGACCAAUAUGAUGAAGGCGUGGCUCGUUGAUGAACUGGAGCAGGCUGAGAAGAGAUGCAAGGAGGCGAUUACGACCGCGAAGGGCGAGAAGAAAGACGAGGAACGUACUAAGCUUAAGAAACUCGAAGAUCGCCUCACAAAAGCGAAGAAUGACCAGUUGAAAGACAGCCGCGGUACACUUAUGAUUGAAUUUUCGAUCGAGAAUGCGCAGGUUAUUAAAAGGAGAAGUGAUAAAGCAGAAGUUAUGCGCAACAGAGCUCUGAAGCGUAAAGCUGCAGAAAUGGAUGAAGAAGUGAGCGGCGAAGAGGAAGAGCAGGAACAGGAGGAGCAGGAUAAGCCACAGAAGAAACAGAAGAAAGGAGUUAAUAAAGAUGGCAAAAAGGAUAACAAGCAGGAGAAAAAAACUCAAUCCGAAAAUGACAACGGGAAGUCAGACGUCGGUAGUGUUAUCGGCCGUAAGAGAAAAGAGCGCCAGAAGAAGAAGGGAGGAGCAUAA